UUACAGAUUUUUUAAAAUUAAAAAUUUGAAUUUUUUCUUUUUUUUUUACUGAAAUUAUCUAUAAUUAAGAAUUGGAUUUUUUGCGAAUCUAAACUCUUUAGGGAGGAGAAUGGAUAAUAGAUUUCGAAAUUUUUCGAGUAAUUUAAAAUAAAUUUUAAUUUUGAAUUUAAAUGAUGCAAAACUUCUUGCAACAAGGAUAAAAGACAGCGAUAAUAACAUUUUUCUUUCUUGACAUUUGAAAAUUAUUUUUAAAUAUAUUUUGCAAAAAUAUUCAAUGUUCUAAAAUUGCUCUGUUUAUAUUUGAAUAUUCCUUGCGUACGUAUACACACUUGUGUAUGUAGGGCAUUACGUCAGUUUAUCUAUAUCGACGAAAAAAAAAACAGAUUUUUUGUUAUAUUGAUUAUUUUAUCAUACAAAAAUGAUCCAGAAUAUCUCAAGAAGAUUACAUUAUUCAAGUGUUGGUGUAACAGCUACACGUACUGCUGUUAGAUGGCUAUCGACAACAGGUUCCGUCAAAGGAUCUUCUAAAGGAACGGGCAACAUGGAUGAUGAAGUCCUUUUAAAAGAUGUUGGAGAUUGCGGCGUAAUAGUCUUAAAUCGGCCUAAGGUGUUGAAUGCCUUAAAUAUGCACAUGGUUCAAAAGAUUUAUCUAACUCUUAAAGAAUGGGAAUCUUCAAAGAAACUUGUAAUAAUAGAAGGUGCGGGUGAAAAAGCGUUUUGCGCAGGUGGCGAUAUCAAAUCGCUCGUCAUACCAUUGAAUGAACCAAAAGGAGAAACCCUGGGUGCAGAAUUUUUCAAAAAGGAAUACACCACAAAUUAUUUGAUUGGAACAUACAACAAGCCUUAUAUAGCUAUAAUUAAUGGGAUAACAAUGGGAGGUGGCGUUGGAUUAUCUGUACACGGCAAAUACAGAGUCGCCACGGAAAAAACGCUUUUUGCGAUGCCCGAAACGGCAAUAGGAUUAUUCCCUGAUGUCGGCGGAAGUUACUUUUUACCCAGAUUGAAAGGAAAAUUGGGCCUCUAUUUGGGACUGACAGGACACAGAUUGAAAGGUAUUGACGUACUUCUCGCUGGAAUUGCGACACAUUUUGUUCCAUCGGAAAAAAUAGCGGAUUUGAAACGCGACUUGUUAGCAUUGAAAAACACUGAUGACAUAGUUGAGAUUUUAAAUAAAUAUCAACCAAAAUUAAAUCAUGAAUUCAGUUUGGCGCCUUACAUGUCUCAAAUAGAAAAUUGUUUCUCUGCUCCUUCCGUUGAAGAGAUAAUUGAAAGGCUAAAGAAAGAUAAUUCAGAAUGGGCGCAGAAGAACGUAAAAAUAUUGCUCAAGAUGUCGCCAUCCUCUCUCAAAAUUAGUAAGAAAGCAAUUGAUGAAGGAAAUGGAAAAUCUUUGGCAGAGUGUUUAGAGAUCGAAUACAGAUUGGCAUACACUUCUCUGAUCAGAGACGGUGAUUUCUAUGAAGGUGUCAGAGCUCUUUUGCUCGACAAAGAUCAAAAACCGAUGUGGAAGCCGCCGUCCUUGACCGAUGUUACUGAUGAAUAUGUAAAUAAGCGAUUUGCAACACUUCCUGCAGAAAAAGAAUUAAAAUUACGCGCUAGCAAACUAUAAGGAAAAAGCUUUAUUAUGAAUAUUGUUACGAAAAAAUAAAUCCUUAGAAAAUUGUUUAUAUUUAA